AUGUUAGAGGCAAGCCAGGUCGCAACAGAACCGGUACUACUUCCAUCUCACAAAGAAAUACAGAAUGUAAACAAUAUUCAUAUCCCAAAACCUCAAACAAAAGAUCAGCUGGAACAGCUUAUAUAUAGGUAUAGAGCCAUUCAGCAACAUCCAGUGGAAAAUAAGUUAGAAAUAAAUCUACUUGAGGAAGUGUUUAUUGACAUUUCAAAUGAUCAAGAUGAAUAUAAUAAGAUUGUGGAACAAUUGAGAAGUGAUUUACUUUCAACUACUGAUGAACCAAAAGAAAAUUAUGAUACAGACCUCUUGAAGAAACAAAUAUUAGCUUUGCAACUCCUAGAAAGAGACUUAGAUAUACCUGAUGGGUUGCUCUCGUCAGAUGAAACAACUAACACUAAUAAAACAAGCGCACAAUUUGGAAAUGGAUCAGUAUCACCUAUUAAACUCACUUUAGACUUUUAUAAAAAUGCAGAAGCUUUCGGAUUAGCUGAUAAACUAUCAAAGAAACCAACAGCGCAACUUGGUCAUGUCGAUACAGAAACAGCCAUAACUAAAGAUAUAGCUAAACGAAUCAAAGAACUUGAAAACUUACCAGCAAAUAUAGGUUCAUAUUCCCUUGACGAUAGUUUAGAAUUUUUAACCACAGAUGCAUUACCAUCCAAUGUUGAUAUCUUAAAGAUCAAAGCUUUAAUCGAAUUGAAAUCAUUGAAAGCAUUAACGAAACAAAAAUCUUUGAGACAAAAAUUAAUCACAAAUGUCACAACAUCUGCACAUCAAACCAUCCCUUCAUUGCGUGAUUCUCCUUACACCAUGGCAGCUACGAGAUCAGUUUACGUAAGACCAAAGGUUAUUGUCCCACAAACAGUUAGAUUGGCUGAAGAAUUAGAACGACAACAAUUACUAGAAAAACGUAAGAAGCAACGAAACUUACAUUUGAAGAAGAUUUAUAAUAUAAUCGAUUUUGUUAAGGAAACUCAAGAAAAUAAAAAUCCUCGUCGUGAUCGUUGUAGUGUAUUUGGUAAAUUCUGUACAACAGCUCAUAACCAAAUUGAAAAAGAUGAACAAAGAAGGAUUGAAAGGACAGCUAAGCAACGUUUGGCUGCUUUGAAAUCAAACGAUGAAGAAGCCUAUUUGAAAUUGUUAGAUCAGACAAAAGAUACUAGAAUUACACAACUUUUAAAACAAACCAAUUCUUUCUUGGAUUCAUUGGCACAAGCUGUUCAAGUACAACAAAAUGAAGCAAAACUAUUAAACGGUGAGGAAAUUAAACCGUUGACUGAUGAAGAUAGAGAAAAAAUCGAUUAUUAUGAAGUGGCUCAUAGAAUUAAAGAAAAGAUUAGUAAGCAACCUUCAAUUCUUGUCGGUGGUACACUAAAAGAAUAUCAAUUACGUGGGUUAGAAUGGAUGGUUUCCCUUUAUAAUAAUCAUUUGAACGGUAUUCUUGCAGAUGAAAUGGGGUUAGGUAAGACGAUUCAAUCGAUCUCUUUAAUCACAUAUUUAUUUGAAUCUAAGAAAGAACCUGGUCCAUUUUUAGUCAUAGUUCCAUUAUCCACGAUCACAAAUUGGACUUUAGAAUUUGAAAAAUGGGCUCCUUCUUUGAAUACAAUCAUUUAUAAAGGUACACCAAACCAAAGACGUUCUUUACAGCAUGAAAUUAGAAAUGGUAAUUUUGAUGUUCUAUUGACCACUUAUGAGUAUAUUAUCAAGGAUAAGGCCUUGUUGAGUAAACAUGAUUGGGCCCAUAUGAUUAUUGACGAAGGUCAUAGAAUGAAAAAUGCACAAUCCAAAUUAUCCUAUACAAUUAGUCAUUAUUAUAGAACAAGGAACAGAUUGAUUUUAACAGGUACUCCCUUACAGAAUAAUUUACCCGAAUUAUGGGCCUUAUUGAAUUUUGUGCUACCAAAAAUUUUCAACUCUGCUAAAACUUUCGAAGAUUGGUUUAAUACACCAUUUGCUAAUACCGGUACCCAAGAAAAGUUAGAACUAACAGAAGAAGAAACAUUAUUAGUUAUUAGAAGAUUACAUAAAGUAUUGAGACCAUUUUUGUUACGUCGUUUGAAGAAAGAAGUGGAAAAAGAUCUUCCUGACAAAGUUGAGAAGGUCAUCAAAUGUAAACUUUCAGGAUUGCAACAACAAUUAUAUGAACAAAUGCUUAAACAUAAUGCUUUAUUCGUUGGUGCAGGCACUGAAGGUGCUACUAAAACUGGUAUCAAAGGUUUGAAUAAUAAGAUUAUGCAAUUGAGAAAAAUUUGUAAUCAUCCAUUUGUGUUUGAUGAAGUGGAAGGUGUUGUGAAUCCAUCGAGAGGUAAUAGUGACGUCUUAUACCGUGUUGCUGGUAAAUUCGAAUUGUUGGAUCGUGUCCUUCCGAAAUUUAAAGCUUCUGGUCAUAGAGUAUUGAUGUUCUUUCAGAUGACACAAGUGAUGGAUAUUAUGGAAGAUUUCUUAAGAAUGAAGGAUCUUAAAUAUAUGAGAUUAGAUGGUAGUACUAAAGCUGAUGAUAGAACUGGUAUGUUAAAAGAAUUUAAUGCUCCUAAUUCAGAAUAUUUCUGUUUCUUAUUGUCUACUAGAGCAGGUGGGUUAGGUUUAAAUUUACAAACUGCUGAUACUGUUAUUAUUUUUGAUACAGAUUGGAACCCACAUCAAGAUUUACAAGCACAAGAUAGAGCUCAUAGAAUUGGUCAGAAAAAUGAAGUUAGAAUUUUAAGACUGAUCACCACUGACUCCGUUGAAGAGGUGAUCUUAGAAAGGGCUAUGCAAAAGCUAGAUAUUGAUGGUAAGGUUAUUCAAGCGGGUAAAUUCGAUAAUAAAUCUACUGCUGAAGAACAAGAAGAAUUUUUAAGGAAAUUACUUGAAAAUGAAAUGAGAGACGAUGAGGAUAAUGAUGCAGAGUUAGAUGAUGACGAAUUGAAUGAAAUCCUAGCUCGUUCUCCUGAAGAAAAGAUAAUGUUCGAUAAAAUGGAUAAAGAAAGGAUUACCAAUGAGAAGAAGAUAGCUAAAGCUAAUGGAUUAAAGACGGUACCACCAAGGUUGAUUCAAGUAUCAGAAUUGCCAGCUAUAUUCAGGGAGAAUAUCGAAGAACAUUUCAAAGAUGAACCUGUUGCAAUUGGUAGGAUUAGAGAAAAGAAGCGUGUAUAUUACGAUGAUGGUUUAACUGAAGAACAAUUUUUAGAAGCCGUUGAAGAUGAAAAUAAUACACUUGAAGACGCUAUUCAAAAGAGGCGUGAAGCUCGUGACAGAAGACGACAGAAGAAGGAAGCUCAAAAAGUUGGAAUUGAAACUUUAGAGAAUUCACCUGAUACUACAGUGGAAACUGAGCCAACUGCAGCAGAAGUGACGCUUCCAGAUGGGGUCGGUGAAAAUAUUGCUAAUGAAGAAAACAUCCCAAUCAAAGAACCAACUCCAGUACAAACACCAAGACGCAGAACAAGAAAAAGAAAGGCUUCCCAAGAACCAGAACCAGAGCCAGAACCACAACCACAACCAACUGUCAAUGAAGUUACCGAAGAGAAUCAUGUAACUGCACCUCCCGUAAUAGAUGGUAAAGUUGAUCAAGAACCCGAAAUUGCUGAGCCAGUCAAGAAGAGACCUAAACUAAAAAUCAAACUGACGUUAAAGAAGAAGAGUCCUGACGUACCUUUGCCCACUGAUGAUGUAAAAGAGCCCGAGGAAACAAAGCAAGACGUUGAAGAUGCUAAACCUAAGCCAAAGGGAAGAGGACGAGGAAGAGGUAAAGCCAAGAAAACGGCCCCAUCUGAUUUUACGUCAACAGUCGAAAAACUAUUUGAAGAAAUGCGUAGUAUAACGGAUAAUGCUGAUGGUCAUGCCGUGACUGAAGUUUUUGAGAAGCUUCCUUCUAGAAAAUUAUACCCUGAUUAUUAUACAUUAAUUCAGAAACCAAUUGCAUUAGAUAAAAUUAUAAAAGAUUGUAAGAAGGGCUCAUAUAAUUCGAUAGAGGAAGUGAAAGAAGAUCUCCAAACAAUGUAUCAAAAUGCAAGAUUUUAUAAUGAAGAGGGAUCAUGGGUGUAUAAUGAUGCUGAUACCCUAGAUAAGUUCACAAGUGAAUGGUUUCAGAAACAUUCGGAACAAGAAAAGUAA